CUGCUAACUAAACUUUGAUGUGUAGGGUGAGCUUGCUAUGGCAUUUGGGGAUUUACUAAGAAAACUAUGGGGUCCUGGCCGAACGUCAGUUUCUCCUCGGCCAUUUAAGGCAAAACUUGCUCGUUUUGCUCCUCAGUUUAGUGGAUAUAAUCAACAUGACUCUCAGGAGCUUUUGGCAUUUCUUUUAGAUGGACUUCAUGAAGAUUUGAACCGGGUAAAGCAUAGGCCUUAUAUAAAGUCUAAAGAUGCAGAUGGACGUCCUGAUGAAGAAGUUGCAGAUGAAUACUGGGCAAACCACAUUGCUCGUAAUAAUUCUAUUAUUGUUGAUGUAUGCCAGGUGUUUUGAUGUGAUUGUCAUUGU